GUCUGAUCCUCCCAAUCCCCGGGCGGAGGAAUUCGUUCCCCAAUCGGGGCGAAACCUAGCAGCACCCGGUUCCCGAGCGAGAGCGGGAGCAAGCAGGAGCUCGCGAUGGCGCCGCUGUCGUGGCGGCACCACACCCUGCUGCAGGCGCUGCUCUCCCGCGGCCCCCUCUCCGAGCGCGAAUUCCACGCCGUCUUCGCCGCCCUCUCCGGCAAGAACCCCGCAACUCAUCAACAACUGUUCAAUGAUACACUUCUCAAGAUCAACAAGGACCUCGCAUAUUUGCAGUUUGAGUUGCGAGCAUGCAUAAACCAGUAUGAUGGAAUUGUGUACUACGGAGUGGUUAAUAACAUUGCUGACGAAGAAUCAAAGCUUGGAACAAAAUAUUCUGUGCCUCAGAUUGCAUUCUACAAGGGAUUGUUAGAAGCAAUUGUUCAGGAAGCUGGAAAUGAUGGGAGCAUAACCAGUAUUGACGCUCUCAAUGUCCGGCUGGACAACCAGGUCAUAAUUGUAGACGGUUCACAGGAUAGCCAAUCUCGUCUUCCUAGUUCCAUAACGAACUUCUCACUGACCCAGAAAGAGAAAACUCUGGAUGAAUUGAUACGGGACUGUUGGUUGUCAUACACCUCCACAGGCAAGAUUGGUCUGGGCACCAGAUCGUUUCUUGAUCUCCGAAGCUGGUUCCGUGGUAACGACAUCCCAUCAUGUGUGGUCUGUAACGAAGCUUGUAUAAAGGCAUCAAGUUGUCCCAAUGAGGAAUGCAAUGUAAGAAUUCACGAGUACUGUCUGAGGAAGAAAUUUUCACAACGAAAGGCUUCAAGAGCUUGUCCCGGUUGCAGUACCGAAUGGCCCUGCCAGGAUGGUGAAGCUGGUGGCAAUGGUGUGAAUGAGCCUGGUGAGGAUGAAGCCCCUUCAGCUAACCAUUCAUCAAGGAAGCGGCGCAAGCAAGUGAAGGCCGAGCUGGUGGAAGAAAAUAACAACGCAGGCCCAUCAACGGCAGUGCCUAGGAGUAGGACCCUUAGAAGCGCUAAAGCCGAGGUGGUUGAGGCUGCUCAAGAGGCGUCUUCUGCAGGAGCUUCGCAGGCAACCAGGACUUCCAAAAGAAGGAAGAAGUGAUGAUGCUGUCUAACGAAUGAUAUGCAGGAGCCUGACCCAUCUGAACCCCUUGCCUCCCAGGGCUUGCUUGCUUGACGCACUCUGCUUUGCUGAUGCAACUAGCUAGCUGGAAGAAACACAAAGACGACACUGAUGGACCUUAAAUUAAGCUUAGUAUUCUGGUGACAGGCACACAGGAUUAGAUUGGCAAUCCCAAUUGAAAGAACAGCUGCAGUGCAGGACGGUUGCAAAAUAUCUUUACGUUUGGAUUAAA